UCUCUUCUCACUUAUCCUUAAAAGAAAAGGUGGUAAUCUUAAAAGCUUGCGUGGUUAAGAAAAGUUUUGGGCAAUUUUUGUAAAAAUUUGGAGUAUAGUUUAACCUAACCUGUUUCUUCGGAUAAGUGUGUUUUUUCGGAGCCUUCCAUUUGCACAGUUGCUGGUUUGUGGAUGUUGGAAAUUUAUAAAGAAGCAUGGCAGCUACUUUUGCAGCUAAUAUGUUUUCCAUCACAAGUUCUGAAGGUAUCAAAAGGUUUGACAUUGAAGAUAAACUGCAAUCCAGGUCUAAUAUUGCACAGCUUCCUCUCGAAGCUUCCAGUCGCAGACACCUUUCAAUUAGCGUUGGCAUUUCAUUGGUUACAAUAACAUGUGGUCACGGUUUAUCACCAUUAAUGGCUUGGGCCGAAGAGAAGUCAGCUAACAAAGAGGAAACCGAUGAUGGGGUUAUUGGGGCCGUCAAAUCGUUAUUUGAUCCCAAUGAGAAGACAAAGUCAGGGAAAGUUUUGCCAAAGGCUUACUUAAAGUCAGCAAGAGAGGUAGUGAAGACACUGCGUGAAUCUUUAAAUGAAGACCCUGAUGACAAUGCCAAAUUUAGACGGACUGCAGAUGCAGCAAAGGAGUCGAUUCGGGAGUAUCUUGGUAGUUGGAGGGGAAACCAAACUGUUGCUCAAGAAGAAUCAUACUUUGCUCUGGUAAAAGCAGUAAGAUCUUUGGCAAACUUUUACUCAAAGGCAGGGCCAUCAGCACCACUGCCGAAGGAAGUUAAGUCUGAAAUAUUAGAUUAUCUGAAUACUGCUGAAGAAUUUUUGUAGCAAUCUUCCAGAAUGUAGAAACCACUAUUUCAAACCCCAAAGAACCAGAUUGCAUGGGAAUAGUAAAUUCUUUUGUAGCAAAGAUACUGAUCAAACUUCUGUCUUUCUAUUCUUUUGUCAUGUGAAAUUUAUUUACCUAGUUUUGGUUGAUAAUUA